AUAUUCGAGGGACUACACCCAGAGUCUCCUUCAGCCGGGACUCUUCACUGCUCAAACUCUCUUUAGAGAAGGGGGCGUGCGGGACAUCCAGCUACUCGGUAACUGCGCGAAACUGUCAGUCCCGUCUCUUCAAGGCUAGCUCGUGAGCGUCUGAAACAAGGGGGCAAAUAUGUCAUGGCAGGGCUACGUGGAUAACCUGAUGUCGGAUGGCAACUGCCAGGACUCCGCCAUUGUCGGGUGGAACCCGGACUCUAAAUACGUGUGGGCCGCGCAGGAGGGGGGCACGUUCAUAAACAUCACGCCCACGGAAAUCGACGUCCUAGUAGGAAAAGACCGUCAAGGUUUCUUCACCAACGGCCUGACCUUAGGUUCAAAGAAGUGCUCAGUUAUCCGAGACAGCCUCCUAGACGACAAUGAUUGGACAAUGGACAUAAGGACGAAGAGUCAAGGAGGAGAGGCCACGUACAACAUCGCUGUCGGCAAAGCAGGCAAAGCAUUGGUUUUAGUCAUGGGCAAGGAAGGCACCCAUGGAGGGCUGCUCAACAAGAAAGCUUAUGUCAUGGCUGAUUACCUGAGGAAAUCUGGAUAUUAAGACACCUCCAAUCCUAGCGGCUCACUCUGUUAACUCUUCUAGAUGGCUUCAUCUUCCAUUGGUUUUCAACUUUACUUCCAUUUGUGCUACCCAAACCCCAUUUCUUUCCCAUUAAUGUCCAUUUAUUGAGUUCAGUCCCAUUUUGGCACUACAAUCCCCAUGGCGCUUCAGACCAAAACCUGGCGUGAAAACCUCACGUCUUUUUUGGGAGUUUGGUUGAUUAACCAAGGGCUUGAGCUCAACUCAAAUUCCCAUUCCUAGAUCCAAUCUAAGAGUGGUUGACUGUAUGCAUAUCUACAAGCCUACCAAAUGAUCCCUAGUUAAGCUGGAUGACAUAUUUAGCGUUUUCCUCAAAUUAAAAAUGGCGUCUGCUCUAACAAACGUCUGUUUUGUCAUUUUUCCUCAACGUGAAGUGUGUCCCCAUUGGCGCAUCAACACUAACUGUAAACGCGACACUAAGUUGAGGACUCGUUUAGUUGGCUUUACUGUGAUUUUUAAGAUGCAGGUAGCAUUUUUUUCCCCCAUCAACCCCACAAUUGAAUGUUUAUUGACAUUCCAUCAUAGCACUUACUUUGCUAGCUUAUGUAGUAUAUAUAAUUAAUUUUCAAGACGACUGCCAUUUCAGACCGUGGGUAUCAGCGGUUUAGAGUUUCUUUUCAGUUGGACCAAUUUUUGUCACUUUUUGGGUUAUUUACGCAUUACCAUAAAUGCUAACCAACAAAACACUAGCGUCUGAUCGCAGACUUCACGUCAACACUUGAAUCGAAUUGAACCUGUACUGUCAUGACUGUGGAAUAAAUUGCCUUCGAGUCGUCAGCGAUACAACUGUCUGUCAAAACUUGAUGUUUCAUCAAGUCCAAAAAUUCAAGUAUGACACUCAAAUCAUAAUGUGUAUCCUGUGCCAUAAUGUAGAGAAUCUGUUGUUAUCGAUUCAAACAGCUUCCCGAAUGAUUCUGUCGCUUCUUUGUUCAGGGGUUUUUAGUAUCUGCUGAAGUUUUGGCCUUGUGGGGUAUUUGACUCUAGUUCAUUUCUUUUUCCCCCCUCUACUUUUCAUACAUCUUGGAUACAAUCUGAUAUGUCUGAUUUCAUAUGCAUAAAAACUGAGAAAUGCCAUAAAUUAAUUUCACCACCUUGUUUACAGACAGAUUAAAUAAAUCUAUUCCAACCCA